GAUCGCGCCGCCGGCGGGUGGGCCGCCAGCUCCGCGAGCAUCCAGGGCCACAGGAGGCGCGCGCAGCUCGCGGCACCGUGCCGCGCCCUCGUUGCCCGCCGCGCGCUCCAGGUCCAGGAGUGGCAGCAGCGCGAGCGCGCCAGCGUCUGGCAGACGCAGGUGGCCAAGGCCGUUCUGGAUUCAGGGCGAGGGCGUGACCCUGGAGUGGCCACAAGCAGAGGACGACAGCCCCCAAGCGCUCGUGCGCUUCCAGGCCACGCUCGUGGAGCCAGCUGGGACCCGCUGCGAGAGCGGGCAGCAUGCGGGACCGUUGCCGUUGCUGGUCUAUUUUGCUGGGCUCGGGGCGAAGGACGAUGCCAUGCGAGAGAUCGAACCGCAGGCGCUCGCUCGGCUAGCCACGUCUGCUUUCGUGCUCGUCACGCCGUUGAGACCGCAGGGGUACUGGUGGACCAUUGAGGGCGACAGCGAUUGGUCGUGGGUCGAUGGCCUAUUCCGGCGCGAGAGAGCGGAACACCUGGCCGAUUGGUUGCAGGCGUUGACAGAAGAUCCACACAUCGACAGCGAGCGCGUAUCGUUGUUGGGCUUUUCGGCUGGCGCCUACGCCAUCACGGAGUUGCUGGCCACUUGCCGCUUCAGGCCUUGGGCGGCCGUACUCGGGGGCGUGCACGGGCAUGGCCAGCCAGACACGAAGAAUCUCUUCAAGCGCCAGGCCAAGGGGGAGGAGAUAUUGGAGAAGUGGACGUACGUGCGGACAUCGAACGAGUGCGUCACCAUGUGGGUGCGACAGGCGGCAUUUUCUCUGCGCACCACAAAGACGACCAUCACUCGCCGCACGAAUACGCGCUGCACAUCUACAACGCGCUGA